AUGUCCUCACCUCAAGAAUUACCCGACGACCAUGAAAUCCGCGACGUAAUAAUUAUCGGCGCGGGACCAUGCGGCCUCGCCGUCGCCGCACGCCUAAGCGAAGAAACACCAUCAGCAGUCUUCACAGACGAAGAGCACCAGCGCUACCACUGGAUCAAGAAGCACAGCGGACGGAUGAGUCUAGUCCAAGCACGACAUAGCAAGAUCAACGGUGUGCGAGCCGCAAAAUGGGACAGUGAACGCGGAUGUCCUUGUCAAGAUGACCGGCAACGGCGCACCUCGACUGACUCUGCAUCUUCUGUGCCGUCGCUAUCGUCCGCGUCAUCAACAUCGUCGACAUCAUCUAUCUCAACACUUGUCCUCGACGGCUCUGGCGAUAAAUGGAUGCAGCGGUGGGACAAUGCGUUCCGCACGCUGGAGAUUAAACAGCUCCGCAGCCCGAUGUUCUUCCAUGUUGAUCCUGGGGAUCGGGAUGGUAUGCUGGCUUAUACGCAGGAGAGUGGGCGGGAUGCAGAUCUCUGGGAGAUUUCCGGGUGUGUUGGGAAGGAGAUGAGCAAACAUAAGAAGAAGAAGAGGAGACAGGGUGGGAAAACUCAGACAAUCGGAGGUGAGAUUGACGAACGAGAUCGGAAAGAUUACUUCUCGCCUUCCACAGAGCUCUUUUCGGAUUAUUGCUCGUCGAUUAUCCAGCGGUAUGGGCUGGAUGAGCCUGGCCAGAUCUUGCAGCGCGAGGCCACGGAUAUCUCAUAUAAUUACCUCUCCGAUAGCUCGGAUUCGAAGAUGUUCACUAUCACUACAACCACGGGAGAGAAGUUUUACAGCCGGUCUGUUGUGCUGGCCAUCGGUCCUGGCGGAGCAGGUGUAUCGAAGAUUUAUCCGUGGAAACCUUCGACAGAACAAGAGGGUGCUGCAGCAUGUUGCCACAGCACGGAGAUCAAAUCAUUCCCUAGUCCCAAUGUACAGAAGAAAAUCCAGCGGCGGAAGGAGACCAAUGUUGUCGUUGUCGGAGGUGGGCUGUCGUCAGCACAGAUUGUCGACAUGGCAGUUCGCAAGGGCGUGACGAAAGUGUGGUUCUUGAUGCGCUCUGGCCUAAAGGUCAAACACUUCGAUAUUAGUCUGCCCUGGAUGGGCAAGUACAAGAACUGGGAGAAAGCAGCCUUCUGGUCCGCCGACACCGACGAAGAGCGCCUGGAGAUGCUCCAAACCGCCCGCAACGGUGGCAGCAUUACACCACGCUACACAAAGAUCGUAAAGCAGCACGCAGCUCAAAACCGCGCCUCAAUCCACCCUUGCACAGAGAUAAAGACUCACGACUAUAACCCAGCCACCCAGACCUGGACCCUAACAACCGACCCACCAAUCCCCGACCUCCCUGCAAUAGACUACAUCUAUUUCGCAACCGGAGUGCGGGCGGACGUGCGCGAGAUGCCGCUGCUCCGUACAAUGAACGACCAAUACCCGAUCGAGGUAAAGGCAGGCCUCCCGUGUCUAACGAACGAUCUGUCGUGGCGGGAUGACGUACCGUUAUUCAUGACGGGCCGCAUGGCAUCUCUCCGGCUUGGGCCCGGGGCACCAAAUCUUGAGGGCGCGAGGGUGGGCGCGGAACGUGUUGCGUGGGGUAUGGAGGAGGUUCUGCAUAAGGGGCGGGAGGUUGGUGGGCAGUGUGAGGGCUUUUGUGGGCUUGGGAAUCGGUAUGCUUCACUGCUUGGGGAGUGUGAUGAAUGA